AUGGAAGCAGAAUUCUAAUGUCAAUAUGAAGAACAUUAAAAUGAAUCAAUUAUUGGAUUUUGUAUGAAUAAAGAUUGCUCAAAGACUUCUCAGUUCUGUUUUAAAUGUUUGCUCUAAAUUCAUAAAUUUCAUUCAGAUGAUUGCAUUCGAUUCCAUUAAUUAACUAAUUAAAUAAAUCAAUUCAUUCAAACUUAAAUUGAAUUGAUUUCUAAAUAUAAAGAGAUAUAAAUUAUAAUAAAUCAAGCAUUUGAUACUAAAUUUAAAAAAUUAGAAGUUGAUAUUUCAAUAUUAAAAGAAAUGGAUAAAUUUUUAAAAGAUAAAUAAUAUAUAUCUUUUAAAUAAUUAAUUCAAUUUGGAAAAGAAUACUUCUCAAAUGAAAAAUAAAAUAAAGAAAGUAAAUAAAUUGCUAAAAAUAAAGGUUUAUCCUUAAAUGAAUUUAACAAGGUUGCUUUAGCUUUUAAAGAUUUGUAAAAAGAAUUAGAAUAACCUAUCAAGCCUAUCAAGAAAAAUAAAACUAUAUAGAUACAGGAAUUAAGUUAAGAGCAGAAAAUUUAAUAAGCUAAAGAAUUACUUAAUAAAGGUAAAAAUAAUAAAUAAAAUUAUUUUAGGAAAUGAAUUAUUUGAUGCAUUUAAUUAUGAAGAAUCAUUAAAAUUUAUAGAGGACUCUUUAAAAGUAGAUAACAGUUAGGAUUCUGUCUAUAAUUUAAAAGGUAAAAUAAAUAAUAUUUUUGGAUAGGAAUGAUAUUAAUCUACUUAAAUCGUUUUUAAGAUGCUAUAGAAUGCUUUGAUUAAGCAACAAAAUUAAAUCCAAAUAUUAGCGAAGCAUUUUAUAAUAAGGGUAAAUGAGUAAAUUUUAUAUUAUUUAAUAUAGGUAAUGCAUUAUGUAGUUUGGUUCGUUAUAAAGAUGCAAUAAAAUGUUAUGAUUAAGCAAUUAAAAUUGAUCCAAAAGAUUUUGAUGCAUAUUAUAAUAAAGGUAUUUAGUAUAUUAUAAAUAAUUUAAUUUAGGUAUUGCAUUAAGUAAUUUAAAUUGUUAUAGUGAUGCUAUUAAAUGUUAUGAUAAAGCAAUAAAGAUCAAUCCUAUUUUAAGUGAUGCUAUGAAUAAUAAAGGUAUUAAAUAUUCUAAAUAGGUAUUGCUUUAGAGUUUUUGAAUAAUUAUAAAGAUGCUCUAAAAUGUUAUGAUUAAGCUUUAUUAAUUAAUCGAAAACCUAUUUACUUAAAGAACAAAGGUAUAAAUUACUAAAAUCAAUUUUUAGCUGAUUCAUUAAUUUAUUUAGGUAAAUAAUAAGAAUCCAAAAAAUUUUAUUUAGAGGCAAAAAAUGCUGGAUAUGAUAAAUCUGAUAUUGAUUUAAUAUUGAAAAAAUUUUGA